AUGGCUUGUAAUGGCAACUACCUCUGUGCGUCCCUGAUUGUCCUGUCCAUGGUGAUUCAUCUGUUGCACUCUUACCCUGGAGGAGAAAUGACAGAAGGCUGCCCAGAGUGUAAACUCAGGCUGAACAGAUACUUCUCACAACCGGGCGCUCCAAUUUACCAAUGCAUAGGCUGCUGCUUUUCAAGAGCUUAUCCUACCCCUCUCAGAUCGAAACAAACCAUGGUUGUUGUGAAAAAUAUUACUUCGGAGGGAUCAUGCUGUGUAGCUAGAGAACUAAAAAGACUCCAUCUGAUGGACAACUUGAAAGUGGAAAAUCACACUAGAUGUCACUGCAGCACCUGCUACUUCCAAAAGUUUUAGACAUCAGUACUGCAUGAAAACUAAAGGAAUAAACAGCGAAUCUCCCAAUCUCAUGUGAUAAAUAAUAUAAAUGAGAUUGCUUUUUUGGUGAUUUUUCUGGCAUGAUAUUACCUGCAAAUUAAUGGUAUAAUCAUUGUA